UUCUUGGAAAAAUUCACAUUGACCAAAGUCUAAUUCUUGAUGCAGGACUCUGCUAGGUGCUAUGCAGGGACCCAGUUCCUCCUUGCUGAUGAGGUACAAAAAGUGAGCUUUAAAACUUCCUCGUAUCUUCAGCUGCCGGUCGGGGGCGGUGGAAGAGCGAGUAAGGAGAGCAAGCAGCCGUCGCUGGACGGCCAGAGGGAAAGUGAGGCCUGAGCCUCUGCAUCUAGGGUCAAAAUGGUGUCAAUCCCAGAAUACUAUGAAGGCAAGAAUGUUCUGCUCACUGGAGCUACUGGCUUCCUAGGAAAAGUGCUUCUGGAGAAGUUGCUGAGGUCUUGUCCAAAGGUGAAUUCAGUAUAUGUUUUGGUGAGGCAGAAAGCUGGGCAGACCCCUCAAGAACGAGUGGAACAAGUCUUGAGUGGCAAGCUGUUUGAUCGAUUGAGAGGUGAAAAUCCAGAUUUUAGAGAGAAAAUAAUAGCAAUCAACAGCGAACUUACUCAACCUAAACUGGCUCUUAGUGAGGAAGAUGAAGAGGUCAUCGUAGAUUCCACCAAUAUUAUAUUCCACUGUGCAGCCACCGUAAGGUUUAAUGAAAAUUUAAGAGAUGCUGUUCAGUUAAAUGUGACUGCUACAAGACAGCUUAUUCUCCUUGCACAACAAAUGAAGAACUUGGAGGUGUUCAUGCAUGUAUCAACAGCAUAUGCCUACUGCAAUCGAAAGCAUAUUGAUGAAGUAGUAUAUCCACCCCCAGUAGACCCCAAGAAGCUGAUUGACUCUUUAGAGUGGAUGGAUGAUGGCCUAGUAACUGAUAUCACACCCAAACUGAUAGGAGAUAGACCUAAUACGUACAUAUACACGAAAGCAUUGGCAGAAUAUGUUGUACAACAAGAAGGAGCAAAGCUAAACGUGGCGAUUGUAAGGCCAUCGAUUGUCGGUGCCACUUGGAAAGAACCCUUUCCAGGAUGGAUUGAUAACUUUAAUGGACCAAGUGGUCUCUUCAUUGCGGCAGGGAAAGGAAUUCUUCGAACAAUGCGUGCCUCCAACAGUGCCCUUGCAGAUCUUGUUCCUGUAGAUGUAGUUGUCAACACGAGUCUUGCAGCAGCCUGGUAUUCCGGAGUUAAUAGACCAAGAAACAUCAUGGUAUACAACUGCACAACAGGCAGCACUAAUCCAUUCCACUGGGGUGAAGUUGAAUACCAUGUAAUUUCCACCUUUAGGAGAAAUCCUCUCGAACAGGCCUUCAGGUGGCCCAAUGUAAAUCUAACCUCCAAUCACCUCUCAUAUCAUUUCUGGAUUGCUGUAAGCCAUAAGGCCCCAGCAUUCCUGUAUGAUAUCUACCUCAGGAUGACUGGAAGAAGCCCAAGGAUGAUGAAAACAAUAACUCGUCUUCACAAAACUAUCGUCUUUCUUGAAUAUUUCACAAGUAAUUCUUGGGUUUGGAAUACUGACAAUGUGAAUAUGUUAAUGAAUCAACUAAAUCCUGAAGACAGAAAGACCUUCAAUAUUGAUGUACGGCAGUUACGUUGGGCUGCGUAUAUAGAGAACUACUGCAUGGGAACUAAGAAAUACGUGUUAAAUGAAGAAAUGUCUGGCCUCCCUGCUGCUAGAAAGCAUCUGAACAAAUUGCGGAACCUACGUUAUGGCUUCAAUACCAUUCUCGUGAUUCUGAUCUGGCACAUUUUUAUUACAAGAUCACAAAUGGCAAGAAACAUCUGGUACUUUGUGGUUAGUCUAUGUUAUAAGUUUCUGACAUACUUCUGAGCUUCUAGCACUAUGAGAUACUGAAGACCAAGUGUCGCUCCCCCAUUCGCGGAGGAACAACACAGGACCCUGCGCUGUUCUUUUGUCUGCUCGGCCCUUCCCGGGUUUGCUGCUGGUUCUUCCCGGGUUGGCUACCGAUCCCUCCACCUCUGUGGAGGGGCGGCUCCCCCUGCCACUUUCCCCACUUCCGCGGGGGAGCGGCACACUGCCGGCCGGCUCUCUCGGGGGCUGCUCAGAUGUUAUCCAGAUGUUCCUGGUGCGUGUUGUCUCUCUCCUCCUUUAUAGUCCUCUUCCACCAAUCCCAACUAUGCUACCCACAUGCCGAGUACACUGCUCUCCUCCAAUCAGGAGCAGGAUCAGCUCCUGCAGCUCAUCAGUCAAGUUGGCGAGAGGCAGCUGUGUAGAAGCUGUUUCCUCCUCUCCCAGCGCCAUAUUGUGGGAGAGCAGAUGCAUAGAAUAAGUCUUAAUUCCAGUAACUUAGUCUAGUCCGAGUUGCUCCCCACAACCAAGAAUUUAGCAUUAGAACAUCUAUCUAUGUUUAUGGUGGUCUAAAUGCGCAAAAUGUAAAAUGUACUUAAGUCAUCUUACCUUUUGUCAAGGCAUUAAACCAUCUUAGUAUGGACUAAAUUAUGCUACAUUUUAUGUAACAUUUUAAUGUUUGUGCUCAUGAAACUUAGUGAACACACUGUGGUAUGCCAGCUCAAAUUUACAGUUGCCACCAAAGCCAUGACUUAACAUUUUGAUCCUUGGAAGAAAGAAGUAGAGAUGAGAGCAGGGUGGGGAAAUAGGAACACUGACCAGUAUAACUGUGCAAUUCUGGAACAUAUUAAUCAAAAUAUGCCUUAACAGAUAGUGAAUCUCUAAUUCAAAUAUUCACUGCAAUGGAAAGCAUCUAUUUGAACAGAGAUACUAGAUAAGUUGGUAGAUAGUUGAUUCUUCAAUGUUUGAUUUUUUUAGUCUGCUAAAGUGGGUUUUAGUUUUGUUAAAAUUAUAUUCAGACUAUUUUCACAUCAUCCUCUAAGUUGUUGAGUGUAUAAAACAUGACAGACAUGUUCUCAUUUUUUGUUUUCUUUUAAACAUCUGAGGCAUAUCAUUUUUCUAUAAGCAAUUGGUUAUUAUUCUAAUCUGAAGGCUGCCUAUUAUUCUGAAGAACCUACUUGCUCUAAAUGGGUUUGACAACCUGUAUGAAUAUGUGCUAUGUGUUUUUUAAAGAAAAGUAAAAAUAAAAUCAGUCCAACUGUUAGUAUCAGAAGGAAUAGGAAUACAUUUUUUUUGUCCACAUUAUGAUCAAACAAGAACCAGUCCUGUGAUGUUGUGUUGAUGUUUUGAAGCAGGAAGAUUUCUUGUAAGAAGUGGGAGCUGGGACUGAGUCACCACAACCUGUGCUCUCUUUCCUUUUUAAAUUUUACUCAUGGGACUCUUAAAAGACACGCACUGUCUUCUAAAUGAAAUCUGAAAGUACAUUAUUAUUGAAGAAUGUAUUUACAGGUAGUAAUAACAGUAAGAAAAUGUCCUCGUGCGUAAACACAUACUAUUUUUGACCUUGAAAGCUGAAUUCCUUCAAGAAAAAGAAAAUAAUGAAUAAGUACUGUGUAUAAAGUUAAAAAAGGACUUUAUUUACAUACCACAUAAAAUAGCAAGCUGUUGAAUGAGUUUGAAGAUACCAUUUAUUUUUUCUGCAUGUGGCUUUAGCUUUAGAAAGAAAUACAUUAUAGAAACAAAUAUAGCAAGAAAAUUAAUGUAUAUAUAUAUAUUUUUUUUUUUGACAGGCAGAGUGGACAGUGAGAGAGAGAGAGACAGAGAGAAAGGUCUUCCUUUUGCCGUUGGUUCACCCUCCAAUGGCCGCCGCGGCCAGCGCGCUGCGGCCGGCGCACCGCGCUGAUCCGAUGGCAGGAGCCAGGAGCCAGGUGCUUUUCCUGGUCUCCCAUGGGGUGCAGGGCCCAAGCACCUGGGCCAUCCUCCACUGCACUCCCGGGCCACAGCAGAGGGCUGGCCUGGAAGAGGGGCAACCGGGACAGAAUCCGGCGCCCCGACCGGGACUAGAACCCGGUGUGCCGGCGCCGCUAGGCGGAGGAUUAGCCUAGUGAGCCGCGGCGCCGGCCGAAAAUUAAUGUAUAUUUUAAUGAUAAUUAUAAUGCCCUUUAAAUCUUAAUAGUAGUUAACAUUACUUAUUCUUUUAACAUAUAUUUGGUUUAAUAAAUUGUUCAGCAUAAUACUAUUCUAAUGAAAGUGAUCAAAUUGUAUUAUAUUUAAUCAUCACCGGUCUAUCUUCAAUAUGUUUAGAGAUGUCAGUUCACAAUACAAAAUGUUACAUGGAAAUUUACAUCUUAAUGUUCUUUGUCAAAUGCAAUGUGUAAGAAGUUUAUUUUGCUAUUAUGAAGAACUAUGUAAAGGAGAGCAGCUUCUUCCAUGCAGGUGUAUAAUCUUGAAAAGGAAAAAUGCUUCCAUGUUGAAGCCAGGUUUUUUUGCAGUAAAACCUUUAAACAUUAUUUUCACAGAAAUAUGUAUCUAAAUAUCUAUUGUGGGCAGCCACAGGCAGUCACUCCCUUUGUUUACACUUAAACAUAUGAAUGGAGACUUGCAGCACAGACAAUUAGGCUAAGGAGAUUCCGGGAAGAGGCAGGAAGAACCUAAACCUCUCACAAGAGAUGAUACAGAUAAUCAGUCACACCUGUAACCUGCAUUUAUCACCUAAGUGUUUUAUUGUACCCUUGUAAUCAAUAAUUAAGAACCUUAUCAGGAACUCUUUAUAACCUUAAAAGCCUUUUUGAUAUGUAAAUCUUUUGUGUGCUCCUUCUUGUAAACAACUGGUCAUGUUUAAAUACUACUGGAUUUGUUCAAUAAACGAGCCUUAAUCAGGA